AUGAAUUGUAUCUGUAGUUACUUGAAAAGGGGUGUGAAUGAUUGGGGUAGAGUUGCUAAUGAUGCUGAGACAGAGCAGAUUGUCCUUGAUGAAGAAGUCUGGCUUUUGCAAGGGAAAAAUGAGUUCGAGUUGUGCAAAUGCGCAACAAAAUUGCAUUUUGAAGACCUUGCUAACAGAUAUGACAAUCCAAUUAUUGUUCUUAAUUUGAUUAAGAUAGUUGAGAAAAGGCCUCGGGAAAUAAUGUUGAGGCGUGAAUUUGCAAAUGAUGUUGGGUAUCUGAACCAAAUUCUACCGGUAGAGAACCAUCUUAGAUUUAUUCCCUGGGACUUUCACAAGUUUGCAAAGACGUUCACAAGAUCUUUUUCCCCGAUUUUAGAAGGAUAUCGAUUGCACCAUCUUUGUACGGAGGUUGUAGCGGAGCUUAUUUCUUAA